CCACGCGGCCGGUGCGGCGGGGCCGGGCCGGCGCUGAACAUCCCAUCCCAUCCUUUCCCAUCGCAUCACAUGGAGCGAGCGGAGCGGUGGGCGUACGGAGCGCUGUGGGCGGCGCUGGGGGGCGGCUUAGCGCUGCGGGCGGCGCGGGGAGACGUGGUGCUGGGCCGGGCGCUGGCCGUGCCGCUGGCUUUGCUGGCCGCCGUGCAGAGCCUGUGCCGAGCCUGCCUGCCGCUGCCCCUCGGGCUCGCCCUGGCCGCGGCGUCCGCCUGCCUGCUGCUCCGCUGGGCGCCCGGCAGGAGGCUGCUGCCGGUGGAGGGCAGGGCGGUGCUGGUCACAGGCUGCGACUCAGGCUUUGGGCAAGCGACAGCGCGGCACUUGGACUCCUUGGGCUUCCGUGUCUUUGCCAGCGUGCUGGAUCCACGCGGCCCUGGCGCCCAGGAGCUGCAGAGGAGCUGCUCGGCCCGGCUCACACUGCUACGCAUGGACCUCACCAAGCCUGAGGACAUCCAGAGCGUUCUGCAGCACAUCCAAGCCCACACCAAUGGCACAGGUCUCUGGGGCUUGGUGAACAACGCUGGUUUCAACGACAUCAUUGCGGACGCCGAGCUCUCUCCAUUGGGCAACUUCCGCACCUGCAUGGAGGUGAACUUCUUUGGCUCGCUGGAGCUCACCAAGGGGCUGCUGCCCCUCCUGCGCUCCGCUGGUGGCCGCAUCGUCACCGUCAGCAGCCCAGCAGGUGACCUGCCCUUCCCCUGCCUGGCAGCCUAUGGGGCGUCGAAGGCUGCGCUCAGCCUGCUCAUGGACACGUUCCGCAGUGAGCUGCAGCCCUGGGGUGUCAAAGUCAGCCUCAUCCUGCCCGGGUACUUCAAAACAGCCAACUGCGACCCAGACUUCUGGAAGCUGCAGAAGGAGCAGCUGGUGGCCCGCCUGCCCCGGGAGCUGCUGCAGGCUUACGGCGAGGACUACGUGGAGGAGAUCAACCGGCAGUUCAUCCAGUUCAUGAAGGUGGCCGUGGAGGACCUGAGCGCGGUGGUGAACAGCAUCACGGACGGGCUGCUGGCUGCCAACCCGGCCGUGCGCUACUACCCAGGGCAGGGCCUUGGGCUCAUGUAUUUCAUCCACCGCUACCUGCCCUAUUUUGUCCGAGACUUGUUCCUCAAAGGAUUAUUCAUCAACCCCAAGCUGCCCCGGGCGCUGCGGCCGGAACACAAGGACGCCAAGAAGCCCUGACCUCAGCCGCACGCAGGGCAGCAAUCAGCACUAGACCUAAAACCAAAUCGCUUUUCCCAAAUCAGGCAGAUGCAGAUCUAUUUUCUAUUGUGCGAGAAUCAACGUUUUCUAGAGACUUGGGUGUUUUUUGUAUUAUUAUUAUUGUAUUUUUGUUUUGUUUUGUUUUUUUCUAACCACGCACUCCCCACGCCUGACUCCGCGCGCUGGGACGCACCUCGGGCAUUUCUCAGCCACGUGGCAGCUCGGUGAGCACUGCCAGAGCCCUGCAGCCACUGCAGGCCAGCCCCUGCCUCCCCAUCCCACGCUCCGUGUGCCCACAGCGAAGGCAGGGGCUGAGGCCACAGGCUGCGGGUGCCGCAGAGCUCCGCAGCGAAUGAAAUACGUGAUUGUCACUUUUUAAAUAAAUCUGUUCUUGAUAAGCCA